UCUCCCUCCUCCUCUCCCGCUUCGAAGGCCUCACCAUGAAGUCCCUCAUUCUCUGCGCAAUCCUUGGCGUCGUUGUGGCCGACAGCCGCAACGGAUUCAACGGAAAUGGUAACGGUUACGGAGCACCUCCGCCUCCCAGCAACGGGUAUGGGGCACCCACCAACGGAUUCAACGGAAACGGUAACGGAAAUGGUAAUGGUAACGGGUAUUCAGCACCCACCAACGGAUUCAACGGAAACGGAAACGGCUUCGGAGCCCCUGCCCCUCGCAACGGCUAUGCGCCACCAAGCAACACCUAUGGCACGCCCAACGGCGCCUACGGAGUAGACCCUGAGAUCGCCGCUUUGGCCGAGAACAUUCCAGGGGGCGGCGUCCCCGGCGAGGACUACCCCAUCUUGGCUUCCGUGCCCGACACCGGAUUCUCCUGCGAUGCCCAGGCGGUGCAAGGUUAUUACGCCGACACUGCAGCUGAAGCCGGCUGCCAGGUGUUCCAUAUCUGCCAGGACCGCGCCCUCAGGCGCCAACAGGACUCCUUCCUGUGCCCCAACGGUACCAUCUUCAACCAGCAGUACCUGGUAUGUGACUGGUGGUUCAACGUGGACUGUUCUCAAGCUGAGAGCUUCUACUCCGUCAACGAGCUCAUCGGAGUCGUUCCCGACGCCGGAUACGCCUAUGGACCCGCCACCAACGGUAACGGUAACGGUUAUGGCUCCAACGGCAACGGAAGGAAUGGAAACGGUAGGAACGGAAGCAAUGGAUACGGUUCCAACGGAAACGGAAAGAACGGAAACGGAGGCAGCAACGGCAACGGAUACGGUGCCCCAGCUGCCCCUUCCAACUCCUAUGGAGCGCCUUUCUAAGAUGAUUUUGAAGGAUCUCAUAUCAGAAUAAAUAUCUAUAUAUUUUCAUAGACAUGCUCACUCUAACGUUACAGAAAUUCCCUCUCGACUUUCUAUCUGUAUUCUUGAUAUAUAUGCUUUUUCUUACAUAAUCAGUUUGUAUAUAUCUAUUUUUUGAAUAAAAUGAAGAUUAGC